AUGCACCUCAACUCGGCAAGAACUGGAUCAGCUAGUUCGUCGUCCAGUCUAGAGGAUCACAGGGGUUGGUUGGCCCUGUGGGCGGCAAAUGUCCCUGGGAAGGCGAAGAUCCAUGUCUGGAGGCUGAUCCAGAACGGUUUGGCUGUUGGUGACGAGUUGCAGAGAAGAAGGAUCAAGAGCGGGGUGCGUUGUAUCGUAUGUGAUCGGGAGGAGACUUUGAUGCACCGUUUCUGGGAGUGUGCUCACUCGGCGGAGACGUGGGAGCUUGCACGCAGGCAGUCGGGUCUCCGUCUAAGCCGGCCGAGAGGAUACAUUCGAUGCCACCGUGACUUGCAGGGCUGGCUGCUCCAUUGGUUCGGAUCUUUGAAAGAAGAUGAGAUUAACGUGUGUGUAAUGAUUCUUUACCAGAUGUGGUUGGCGAGAAAUGAGGCGAGGGAGGAGGUGCGGAUUGCCGCCCCACAUGCGAUCGUACAGAAAUCGUUCUUCCUGAUCGAGGAGUGGCAAGGGAUUAGGCCGGCGGGCAAGUCGGAUUCGGUACAGGUAACGGAGCACUGGCUCCCUCCUGCUAGCGGCUGGACAAAGCUCAAUGCUGAUGGUGCGUUCUCGGUGAAGGACGGGACGGGUGGGUGUGGCGUGGUUAUGCGUAAUCACGAUGGUGUGUUCCUGGAGGGAGCCAGCCAUUUUUUCCACCUUGCCGCUGACCCGGAAAGAUCUGAGCUCAUGGCAUGUAAGCAAGCGCUGGCGAUGGCAAGGAUCGAAGAUUGUGUUGGAAACUGA